AUGUCUUACCCACAGUCUGGUUGGCCACCUCCACAUGUGAAUGCAUUCGGUGGGUCACGUUCAUGGGCGUAUGCAGUUCCUCCACCACACGGGCAUGGGCAUCCGUACAUGCCAUAUUCUCGUCCGCAAGCGCCGCCUAGAGACGACUAUUGGGCAACAGAGUUGCAAGAUAACCCCCUUGGUUUAGAGAACAUGCACAUUCGUUCCGAUGUGCCGGAAAGGGAGAACAGUAUCAACGACUCCAAUACAGCACGCAUACCCUCGUCUUCUGCAUACUCGCGCGCAUCAGAUUUUGCUCAUCGAAACUCAUAUCCACCGAAAUCAAACACGAAAGGGUCGUUGGCAGCUUCAAAGUCUCAUCCAAACACUCGUGUACCCAGCCCUUCACGACCUCGUCAUCAUGAUUACAACCGUGAACAUGAUGUAGUGGCACCAACAGCUCGGUAUGCUACGUACCCGGAAAUACCUGGGACGACGUUAGAUGGUGACACUGAUCGUGGUGUGGCUGCGCAUCACCGCCCUUCAUCGCGUGCGUAUGGCGGACGGACAAGUGUGCCGGCUGAGAUGGGCACUCGCUAUUCGUCCGCCUCGGCUGCGGCUGCGGCUGCGGCACAAAAGGCUGCGAGAUCGCAGACACUUCCUGGGAUUGUCUCCUAUCGCCAACACGCGGGUGUGGGUGUGUCAGCUCGAGAGAUGCAGCGAUCCAGGACGCUUCCCGGAGAAGCCUUUGCAAGUGGAAAGAAUAGAGAGAUGGCAGCUGCUGCAUCCGCGCCGAGAAGGAACAGUGAACGGUAUGACUACCGGCAGCCUGCUGAUGACGACGAAGAAUCGGAGGAAGAGGAUGAGGAUGAAGAAGUACGCGUUCCUCGAAUGGCCAUACGAUCUGGACAUUUGAGUGGGACACCAACAGAGACGAAGAAGGAACGGAGUAAAAUGGACCGUGUCAAAGCGUGGAUUGAUAAUGCUAAACAUGCCCUCUCAUCUGAAAAUGAUCAAGAUCGUGAUCAACCGCGAGACCGUGUACGGGAACGCGAGGGAAGGGCAAAAGCUAAGUCGAGAUCGAAGUCGUAUCACUCGGCACAUACGGGUGAAGACGAAGAUGACGACUACGAGAUAGUGCAUGCAUCUGACGUUCAACAGGCAUCAGCCGCACAGUAUGCUCGAGAGAGGAUUGACCCAGCGGGUCAUUCAUCUGUGAUGGGAACAAGUCAUAAACAAACAUAUGACGCCGCUGGACUUACAAGGUUUGGGGAUUCGGAGAUCGUUGAAGAACCGGAGGAUAUGUAUCAAAGCUAUGCAACGCGUCAACGAUCACGGUCCAGUUCUCAACACCAACACCAGAAAUACUCACCACGUCGUGUAAGUCCAUACCAAGGGCGAGAACGGCUCUUAAACGAAGACAGUUCUUCACAGUCUUCGAUUGACUCCAUAGGCGAUGGUGAAGGCGUGUACCAUCGGCAACGAUAUGAUCAGGGCAGAACCGAACGGAGGUCGCGUGGGACUCCACAUCCAGCACCUUCACAUAACUUACCUGUUCGGAACAAUUCAUUGCGCGUCAGCGAGGAGAAGCCUGUCGGCGCGGCGGCGCAAAUGCAAGUGCAGGCUCACUUGCCAUCUCCGCGUAGUCUCCGCCACUCAGCAAGCAGUCGAACGCCCUCUUCACGUCCUUCCUUCGAGCAAUCGCUUGCGGAACGGGAGCGUGAACACGAGCGCGAGCCUGACAUACCCAAAUCACCAAACGGACAUCUGAUGACUGGACAGUCGACAGCUUCGGGAGCUGCUGGUGUGUAUGGAUACAAGACCCCGCCGAUCACACCGACACGACAUGAGCACACGCAUCGUGCAGAUGGUGUACGCUCACCAUAUGCUCCGCACGCGUCGGUGACAGCAACGCCAAUGGAGACGGGAGUUUCUGAUGCAGCGCCUGCAUACCAGACACCAGCGAGGCUGGCUUAUUUGUAUCGCGGAAGUAGCGCGUCGCCAUCACCUGCUUCGCAUCGUGCUGCGCCAGUUCAACCUCAGCCGCAAGCUCAUGUUCAUCAUUCACAGGCAUCAGCGCAGCAGUAUGGUACGCACAGUUCUGGCACGGACUUGAAGCCCAGGAAACGCUCUCCUCGCACAUCUCGUUCGCCAUCGCCGCUUCCUGCUGGGCAAGGACAAAGUUCUUCAAGCGCUUACUACGCUGCACUUGAUCAAGCACGAGCACCCUCACGUUCACAAUCGCGCUCGCAUAGCUUGACGCAUGGGAAUAGUCAUACGCAUAGCCAUAGCUAUUCUAUUAACCAAGGUACCACUCAAACGCCGAAACACGACGUAAGGAAAAGGAGUAGCUCUCGUGCGGCUGCUGGUGUUGGUGGAUAUUCAUCCGCUUCCGGUGCAGCUGCAGCGGCCGCGGCGGCGUUCGCUGGUGUUCCUUCGUCCAGCGCAUCUACCGCAACGGUUCAGCCACCAAGCGGUGGGCGACAUGUUCGCGCGGGUUUCUGGAAUCGACGUGGCGACCAUCUUACAGAUACAUGGCACAUUAUAUAUUGUCCACCAGGGCGCUGCUACCCUCGCGAUCUUGCUGAUUAUCCCGACAAUGCUUUUCAGGAUCACAUGGGGCGUUUAGUUAAACGCCCGCCUGAUUCGUUCCCUGAAUUACCAGAAUCAGUGCCGCGGAGUGCAGGAAGAGCACCUGAAAAAGGGUAUGAUCAAUUUAUUAAGUAUGUUUUAGUGGGAAGCAAUAGCUAG